CGAUAUUUAAAUACAAACUGUGUACUAAAUGUUUAUACCAAACCUCUAUAUGCGAACAUAGACCUCGAAUGUUAAUGAACGGAAUGCAAUAAUAUACAUUUUUCUCUUUAUAAGUUAAAGACAACAUUUUCAUAAAGCACUUUGCAACAAAGCUUGCUAAGAUGACAUGUGAAUAACUAUGCACAAUGUAUCAAUUAAAUACAAAACAUGAAGACUAUAUACUAAACAUACACAUUAUUACCAUACGACAUAAAAAGACUAAGUUUUCGGUCUGUUAUGUCUGAUUAAGAGUACGAUUUUCCGUUGAUGAUUGAUGCUAGCAAAUAGUCUUUAAACCCUUUAACCUUUCUUGUACUUUCUUUAAUGUGUGUUGUAGAAGUAAACAUGGAACUAUUUUGUUAAAAAAAGUUUUUCGCAGCUUGUAUCAUUUCCAAUUUGUAUGUUCCAAUAUCAAGGGCUCUUCGUUUCUAACAAAAUUGAUUUGAAUCACAUUCAAUGCCGUCGACUGAAUUAGUUAAAUAUGAAGGAUAUCUUAAUGUCACUUUUGGUUUUGCCUCUGAUCACACGUGCGCACACAAAUAAAACAGUGCCAUCCAAGCAAACCAUAGAAACAUGUGUAAUCCUUUUGUAUAUACCAUCAUGUUGAGUGUGAAUGUAUUUAUUGCUGUUCUGUCCUCAUCCUUCUAUCGUACUAUAUGGUAAUCGCGGCCGAUAUUGUGUUUUCUAAUGUGUCUUUAACAAUAUCUUUUGUAAUAAUAACUAAAAAUGUGAAGCAUCUUUAACAUUGUCUUGGCAAUACUUUUGUCAUCCGGUCCAUUUUAUUGCCUUAAACUUUUGGGUGCACACAUACACAUUCAGAUUUUUCCAUCCAUACACGUCAAUUCUGGUAGUAUAAAACGUCUCUCAAGUUUAAAAUAUGGCGGAGACGUAUAACAAUCGUUCGUAUAAGUUAAACGCUCACAGAAAAACGAUAAACGCUGUAUGGAAAUUGCUGCAGAGAGCAGACAAUAAAACGCAUUCACACAAUUUAAACCAAAUAAACGAUAUAAUUAUAUAAUACACUGAUUAUUUCAUUGUUAUCUUCAUGUAACUUCAUGUAAUGUUCCCGUGACUUAUGUUUUUUUCAAACAGCGAGGACACACAAUGCUUUAUGUUGAAAUGGUUUUAUUGAUCAUGUCGAGUAGGCAAGUAGUCACAUUUUAAAUCUUGAAUUCUUCGAUAUCAGUUCGUAGUUAGGGCUUUACUAUAACAGUUGUUUACAUCCUAUUGCUUAUAGCAUUUAUGUUUGGCUAUUGUUCACAACAAAUGACGAUUGAAUCUUCCUCGAAAGUUGUAACACAUUCGGCUACUGGCAGAAUGGAUAAACGGCAGAAAACAUGUAAAGACGGUGACCAAGAUGGCGGAAAUGAGAAUGUCGGCAUGAGACAAGAAGCGCAUCUUGAACCUGGGCCAUCCGACAUGACAAAAGCUAUCAUCUUGGCUGCAUUUAAUGACGAGCCGGAAAUGAACAGAGUAGAGUUCGCUACCACCCCUUCUGAUGAUGAAAUGCUACCACCCGACCCGAUACAGUUCACAGCAGACGAGAUCUCACCAGUUCCAAGAAGACGCAAACACAAGAGCAAGACAUCCAAAUCCUCCAAGUCCUCCAAUACAGCUGAGUCUAAACGGGAACCACCGACUGUACAGAGGAAAGAACACUCCGGGGCGCAAAAAGAUCUCAAACAAACAAACAAUUAAGGAACUUACUCUGUUGUGCUGAUAGAGUAUUGUACUCGACAGUCUGUGGUGACGUAUGAGUUUUGUACAAUUAAUAUUUGCGUCGAGGCAGCUGAUAAUAUUAGUUACGUUCCCAAACGUCUUGAAUAUUUAAUAAUUAGAAAAGUGUUAUAGCAUGGCAUUCACUAUAUACUAUUUCUCAAAUUAAAUUGUUAAGUUUAUUUUAAUGAGCAUUCAUUGUAUUCAUUAGUUGUUAUGAUCAUUUGUACAGGGCAAAUUUUGCCAAUCGUGUAAAACUUCGAAGAAUAAAUCAUUUAAAUAUGUGGCUUGUUACAGUUCUAACUACAUUUAUGAUAGUAAGGUAUUGUUGAGGUUGCUGUGUGAAUUCCAAAUAUUCUCUCGGAAAACAUUUGUUUAACACUAUGCAGAUAUUGUUUAUUUUACUUUAGUAAUAUAGAAAUGCCGUUCUUUUUUCCAAUAAGAACGUUUUGAAGUUAAUUGAGUAUUGUUCUAUUGUAUUUCAAUAACAAAUCUUCGAAUGAUGUUUAUCGUUAUCUAUAAUGCGGAUAUUUGCGGAAGUAUAAUGCAGCGCGUAUUUACGAAUAUACAAACCACAUGUUUUUGUCAAAAUAGGCUUACUUUAUCAUUAUUAAUGAUAAAACAGUACUUCAACUAUUAAUUGAAUAUUGCAAUUGUUUAUUAAUUUCAUAUACAUUGUAUUUGUGUGUAAAGUGUCAUUCCAUGCAGCUGCGUAUGCAGUGCGUAUGCAGUGGUAUUCAUCUAAUUGAAAAUGCAUUUCAAAUGUAUUUAAAAAUGUAGUAUGUAUCCUUCGACGGCUACAGAUCUUGGAGAGUAAUAUUUACUAAAUAUUUUAACAUAUUUAAUAGAACAUUGACAUCUAAGGGUUUUAAAAUUAAGAUGUGUUUACCUAAAUAAUGCGCUCAAAUCAGGGGAGACAACCUGAUUUUAAUUUUUAUACCAGCGAUGCGCGCACAGUUUCGGUUAUUAUAAGAUCAUCAUUUUCUUUACUUAAAAUACGUUAACUAUUCUAAAUCGCCCCCAAAUUUUUGUAUUAAUUUAUGUUUUAGCAUUAUAUAUUGAUUGUAUAACACUUAUACGGGAAAAAUAGACAAAAUUGUAUAAUUAUUUUACCAAAAUCAUCCGUAUUUUUGUUGGAUAAAUAUCAUUGUUUUUCAAAAUCCGAGAUAAUUGAAUGCAAUUCAGAUAUGUUUAAUAUGAUUAUAUUCUGAUGGUUUAAUGUGUUUGUUUAUGUUGUUUGUAACAAAUAAUAUACUUUAAUGUUAAUGUAUAUCGGCAGUCUAUUAAGGUUACUUAUACCUGAAAUGUGUCGUGUCGGCAAUUUGAUUUAGAUAUAUUAAACUAAUACUUAACAUUUCGUUUGUGCUAUCAUUAGGUUACCUAAAUAAUGUUCAACAUAGUUAUUAUGCGUUUCCUCGCGAUUAUUAAUGUUCAUUAAAUUAAUGUGAGUUGUAAGCGUGAAUCAUUGGUAUUGGAUUUCUCUCAAACAGUUCAAGGGAGGCUACUAGAAUAAAAUAUUCAAUUACAAACAAUCAUUGCGUGUUGUAUAUCACUGACUGGCUCAUUUUGUUUGUUAUUGGCAUAUGCAGUUGUAUUAUACAAUAUUUGUAUAACGUGUGUACGGGUGCAUAUAUAAAUAAACAAUAAAUUAUGUUCAAAUUCAA